CGGCUGGCCUUAAAGGGGACGCAGCCUGAGUGGAGGCUCGCCGGGUGGCCUCCGCUCCGGCUCCGCCCCGUUUCCCGCACCUUGCCCCUCCCCCGCUUCAACCCGAAGCCCCGCUGCUCCGCUCCCCGGGUGUAUAUUGGCUUGUGCACAGCGGGGUGGGAAGAUUGGGCUUUGCAGUGGAAGCAGCAUCCCCGCCGUCUGGGACCUGCGGAGGGCGUCCCCUCCCUAGGGGGAGCAGAGGACCCGCCCUGACCUAGCCCGGCCCAGCCUAGUCUUGCCUGGCCUGAGAGCCCCGCCCAGGAGCCGGCUCUGAGGCAGGGCCCACUGGUGUCCCGGAGGACCUCCAUGUUCCCAAUGAGGACCGCAUCAAGCAGCUACUGGGGCAGGAUGCGUGGACCUCCCAGAAGAGUGAGCUGGCUGGCUUCUACCCCCGGCUCAUGGCCAAGUCCGACACGGGAAAGAUUGGCUUAAUCAAUCUGGGCAACACGUGCUACGUGAACAGCAUCCUUCAGGCCUUGUUCAUGGCUUCUGACUUCAGACACUGUGUGCUUCGUCUGACUGAGAACAACUCACAGCCCUUGAUGACCAAGCUGCAGUGGCUCUUUGCCUUCCUGGAGCACAGCCAGCGGCCUGCCAUUUCCCCAGAGAACUUCCUCUCUGCAUCCUGGACACCCUGGUUCAGCCCCGGCACCCAGCAGGACUGCUCAGAGUACCUGAAGUACCUGCUGGAUCGGCUGCAUGAAGAGGAGAAAACAGGGACAAGGAUCUGCCAAAAGCUCAAGCAGUCCAGCUCACCCUCCCCGCCUGAGGAACCCCCUAGCCCAAGUUUAACCGCUGUGGAGAAAAUGUUCGGAGGCAGGAUCAUUACUCGGAUAUGCUGUCUCCGCUGCUUCAAUGUCUCCUCCCGGGAGGAGGCCUUCACAGACCUCUCUCUUGCCUUUCCUCCUCCUGAACGCCGCCGCCGCCUGGGCUCCGUGAUGCUCCCUGCAGAGGACAUCAGAGCCCAGGAGCUCCCCCCAACAUCCCGAGCCCAGGUCCCAAGCAGGGUGGGUCCUCGGAGGCAAAGGAAACUCUGCAUCACAGGGGAUGCACCCCCCACCAUCCUGGACAUUGAAGGCCUGGACUCCCAGGGAGCUGGGGGGCAGAGCACUCAGGAGGACAAGGUGGAGAGGAAGGAGGAGAGGAAGGAAGCGGGAGGAGAGAAGGAGGGAUUGGAAGUAGGAGAGGAGGAGGAGAAAGAAAAGACCAGGGAGAAGGAGGGAGAGAAGGAGAAAGAGGUGGAGGAGGAGAAGAAGGAAGCUGAGAACAAGGAAGAGAAUGACGAGGACAGCCCAGAACCAGGGACCCACAGGGAUGCUGCCGCCCGCUCUGCAGAGCAGCUGUGUGGCCCAGAGGGCUCCCGUUCUGUCUUGGACCUGGUCAACUACUUCCUGUGCCCUGAGAGGCUGACAGCAGAGAACCGCUACUACUGCGAGUCGUGUGCCUCCCUGCAGGAUGCCGAGAAGGCAGUGGAGCUGAGCCAGGGGCCGCGCUACCUCAUCCUGACGCUGCUGCGCUUCUCCUUCGACCUGCGCACCAUGCGGCGCCGCAAGAUCCUGGACGAUGUCGCCAUACCCCUGCUGCCCCCCCUGCCACUGGCUGGUGGCCAGGGCCAGGCCUAUGAUCUCUGCAGCGUCGUGGUGCACUCUGGAGUGUCCUCGGAGAGUGGUCACUACUACUGCUAUGCUCGAGAGGGUGCUGCCCGCCCAGCCCCUUCUCUGGGAACUGCCGAUAGACCAGAGCCCGAGAACCAGUGGUACCUGUUCAAUGACACUCGGGUAUCCUUCUCCUCCUUCGAGUCUGUGAGCAACGUCACCUCUUUCUUCCCCAAGGAUACAGCCUAUGUGCUCUUUUACCGGCAGCGUCCUGAGGAGGGGCCCGAGGCCGAACUGGGCUCUCCCAGAGUCCGUGCGGAGCCCACCCUCCACAAGGACUUGAUGGAAGCCAUUUCCAAAGACAACAUCCUUUACCUGCAGGAGCAGGAGAAGGAGGCACGGAGCAGGGCAGCCUACAUCUCUGCGCUCCCCGCAUCUCCGCGUUGGGGGAGGGGUUUUGAUGAAGACAAGGAUGAGGACGAAGGCUCUCCAGGGGGCUGCAGCCCAGCAGGUGGCAAUGGUGGUGACUUCCACAGACUGGUCUUCUAAUGUGAACCUUCACCUGGCCUGUUCCCACCUGUGUGGAGGUUGGCACCACAGCCAACCUCAGGGGAGGCCUUGACCCUGUCCUUCUGGGAGCCCAGGUCCCAGGCCACGCUGCUCUGUCUGAGAGGCUGUGGAGGCAGGCCCAGUCCUGAUGUAGGCCCUUCCAAGGGCAGGAAAGAUGGAGAGGGAGCCUCUAGGACAUCGGUCCUCUGCCUGAAGGGCACACAGAGACUCAGAUAUGGAGGUGAGACCCAAGCCCCUUAAACUGGGCCUCAGGCCCUCAUACUGGGAUCAGUCCCAUUAAGAUUUUACACCCAAGUGUCCUGGUUAACUGGAAGCAACUUCGAUGGACACUCUGGGCUUUGCCCACCCCAACCCCCACUCACCCCCCUAGCAGCUACCUGUGCUGGAACCUGAUUAUGUUCAGCACACAGGGCUGCACUUCAGCUCUAGUAUGUUGCCAGCCAUUUCCCUUCCUUCUCCUUUCAGACAACUGUUGCUCUGUAGCAUGAAAAGCACAGCGGGAUCCAGGCCCUUGCACAGAGAAGGGGGCUGUGUGUCACCUCUUGUUUCUCUGAGGGGUUCCAGAGGCCUUGCAGGGAUGCCUGCCCCAUGUGUACCAGCUCCUUUUACCUGUCUCCCUUCCCGCUCACCUUCCUCAGUGCCUGAGAUGCCACCACUUGCACCUCCUUCUGGUUUAGGCAGAGAGUCCUUAUUUUACUUCAGAGAUGUGUGUUUCUCAUGAAGCCAUUAUCUGAUCUGAGGAAGCUGGCUGGCUCAGCAGCUCUGAUCAGUUGGCCAUUAUUGCUGCAAGAGCAGCUGCUGGAGGGCCGGGUGGUCUGGUGAAGCACAGAUGUUGACUGCAUCGUGCCCUGACACUGCUGUAGCCCCUUCUAAGUGGAGAGAAGAGACCCAUGUUCUCAAUCAGGAAUAAAACUAGGUUCUCUGAAGCCUUUGAAAGAUGUCGUUCUUCCCCAGUGGCUUUGAUGUCUGCUGUAACUGGGCCCAGGCUCCUUGUUGGUAAAGAGAGGUACAUGCCUGCCCUCAGGGACUUGUGAGAACACAGCACAGAGGUGACAGCCCUCAGUACUGAAGUGUUGUGUAACUAGAGGUGUGGACUCACCUACCAGGUGGGCCUGGCACUCCAACAGCUAGAGAUUUUACAGACCCUGAAGAUGUCCAACCUCAGGGACUUGUGAAAGUGGGCCAGUAGGCACAGUCUCAGAGACCGAGUCACUCCCAGAAUCCAUCUCUAGACUCUCCUGUAAGUGUGCCUUCUAAGAUGAACUGGCAGAUGCUAGUCAAUCUCCAUUCUACAGAUUAGGAAAACAACAGAUUCCGAGAUCAGGAGGAUUCAUUUUUGCCCUCAGCCAAGAAAAAUAAGCAAUUAUGUCUUAUUAAAGUGAAAUAGUGCAGACUGGCA